AUGGCAAAUAAUAACAAGCUAGUCCGCGUUAUGAUGUGGUCGGCACCAAGAAGCAUGUCAACAGCAAUCGAACGUUCUAUCCUCACUUUAGAAGAUGCUGAGGUUUUCAAUGAGAUGUACUGUGCAGUUCAGCACUUCGGUUCAUGCUCGUCGCAUUUUCCAAUUCGACUGUCUCCGUACUUCUCCUAUCAAUGGGUUAAGGAUGAACUCGAGAAAAACUACCCGGGUAAGAACGUAGUUUUCGGGAAAGAUUUUGCAUACGCUCUUGACGGAGACUAUAGAUACUUACCGAAAGGAUUUACUCAUACCAUUUUAAUUCGCAAUCCAAAUUCUGUCUUUAACUCUAUCAAACGGGUAAUUAAGAACUCGUUUUUACUGAGGUGGUUUUCAAAUAGAAUAGAAACGCACUUUCCAGACACCUUGCUGUUUAAACACCUUUGGGAUCUAUAUACACACGCAAGAGACAAUCUUCAGCAGACUCCCAUUGUCAUUGACGCCGAUGACUUUGCGAAAAACCCAGAAGCAAUGAUGCAAUUAUACUGCCACAAGACAGGAAUACCGUUUAGAAAAUCGAUGCUAAAAUGGAAGCCAACAAAUAUAUGGAGUAUAAACUGGCACUGUUCCUAUGCACUGAGUUUCGCUGGUUGGUGUCUAGGUUACUAUACCAGUCUUUUGUCGAGCUCUGGAUUUUGGCAAUCGAAAAAAACUGAUGAUUUUGUUGAAUUUGAUGCAACAGAUGAUGAGGCACGCCGGCUGGCGUCGGAAAAUAUGAAGUAUUACGAUAUGCUCUAUGCUAAUAGACUGGUGUUACAUGAUCAGUAUCUUUAAGGAUAUAUGCUAUCUAUUGUUCAAACCUGUCGGUAGCCAGGGACGGAUCCAUGAUAAAUCUGGAUAGGGGCCACGUGAAGUGAAAAGCACUGGGGAUGGGGGUUGCUUGUGUUUGAGAUAUUUUUGUUUAGAAAUGUUUUACUAUCACAGUGAUACAUCGAAUUUAAAUCGAUAUUUUUUUUUUGGAUGAUGGGGAGGGGGUGAGGUGCAUGAUACUUGUGGCUUCCUGGAUCAUCCCCCUGCUUACAGUAAUUGCUUUAAUAGCGUUGAAAUCAGGGUUUUUAAAACAAGCAUUAUAUUGUUUUUAUAAAUUAAACUUAGAAGUAUUUAACAUUAUUAGGACCAGCCUAUGAUUACAAAUAUGCAAUAACAUAAUUUUGUAUAUGCUACUAUUAAUAAAGAAAAUAUUUUGUUUUUAGCUUUUCAAAUCAAUACACGAUAAAAUGAAAUAUGAUUUGAAAUAUUUAAUAUUGUUUAAGCCCAACAAAUCUACAAUAAUAUGAUUUUGUAUUUUCGAUAUCUUAUUCUUAUUGCAUCCAGUGUUUUAACUUUCGGAUUGAAUAUUCCAUACUAUCUUAGUAAUUUAGUGUACCGUAUAUGAAUCAAGAAUUUAGUCGGCAUGAAACAGGAAAUAAGUUUACUGUAACAUAUGUGCCUUGGAGUUUUUAUUUUCGUUAAUCACAUAAAACAAUUGCAAAAGGAACGAUGGAAAAGCAGAUAAUUACGAAAAAAAUAUAUUGAACUUCCAUGAAUUAAACGGAAAUUUAAUUUAAAAAAAAUAAAAAUAAAAAUAUAAAAUAAAAAACACAGGUAUCUUUAAAUUGUAAACUUUGUGGUGUUAGUUUCUUCGAUUUAAUAUUGUUGAAGUGGCGAGAAUGUUUUGUUCUUUUUUUUUCCAAUUGUGUUGUAUAUGAAAAUACAAUAAACGAAUUUAGUCAUGAUUAAA